AUGGUUUCCUUCCGGAAAAGCAAAUCGUUUGAAAAUGAUAACAAGGAUCAACCUGAGUUCGAGUUCAUCGAAUUUGGAUCAUUUGCACAGUUGACUCCUUUGACCACGAGAAAGUCAGGAAAUCAAACCGAUGAUGACGGUCGCGGAAAAAUAUUUUGGGCGAUUUGGGGAAAUGAUAGAAUUCCUGUGGUUUUGAAGUCAGUGAAAUUUAACGCCGCGGACGAGAAAAAUAUUGAGGCGCGCAAGGAGAACAAGAUCGAAAAUGGAACUCGCGAGAAAAGUGAUGAACGAGACCCAAGUGUCACCGAGUCAAUUUUGAACGAGUUAAAGUUGCUUUCAAGGGUUAUCCAUCAUCCAAAUAUCACAGAAAUCUUUGGAUUAACCGAGGUUCCCGAACUUGAUGACUUAUUCGUGGUGACGCAAUACACUACCGGAGGAAACCUUCGACAAUACUUGAAACAACAAAAUUCUAUUCUGUCGUGGAACGAUAGAAUAAGAUUUUCAAAAGAGAUAGCAUCCGGACUGCG